AUGGAGUGUAUGAGAGAUUACUUCAAGGCGGGACAGGUGCUGGAUGGACGUUUUCAGACAAUAGCUCCUCUUAAUCAUGGUUCCUUUGGCAUGGUCUUCCUUGCACAAGACCUGUUGACGAGGCAAGAGGUGGCUAUAAAGUGUUUGACCAGACCAUCUGUCGCGUCAUGUGAACUUCCAGUUACUGCGGACGAAGGCGCCGACGAGCUUGCAUGCCACGCUAUCCUCAAGUUCCACCCUCACCUCGUCAACCUGGUUCACCAUUUUCAAACAGCUGCCCAUACGUAUUUGGUUCUCGAGUACUGCUCUCAGGGUGAUCUUUACGAGGCCAUUCGUGUACAGCGUGGUCCUCUUCAGACUGAACAUGUUCGACGAUUCAUGUUGCAGCUCAUCUCUGCUGUUGAACACAUGCACAAAAAUGGGUUGUAUCAUAGAGACAUCAAGCCUGAGAACAUCUUCCUCACUGCGAGUGGCGAUAUGAAGCUCGGUGACUUUGGCCUUGCUACCAGGGACGCAUGGUCGUUUGAGGCCUGCGUCGGAAGUGACCGGUACAUGGCUCCAGAACAGUACGAUCAUGCCGGCGAAGGAUACUCUGCACCUCACGCUGACGUUUGGUCCAUCGGCAUAUGCCUGCUCAAUGUCCUCUUCUCUCGGAAUCCUUUCGUCACACCGACUGAGACAGAUCCUCUCUUUGCUGAUUACGUUCGAGAUCGACAGUCGUUGUUCGACGUAUUCCCAAAUAUGUCAAACGACACUUACGAUAUCCUUUCCAUUGCCUUGUCUCUCGACCCAAAGAAGAGAGAUAUGCGAGCACUUCGGUCUGCCAUACAACAAGCCUUGACCUUCACUGUUGAUGAAGAUGACAUGGACGAUUUCUGCACCGAAGAACGUGAUGUCGUUCGGGCUAGUGCAAAUCGUGAGCCACUGCGAACACCGUCCAUUGUUACACCGCAUGUAGACGACGAAUCCUUCCCAUGGUCACAGGUCCUUCAUGCUACGCCAGCUAAACCUGUAAGCCACAUGCCCGUCAUCCCUGAUGAGUACGAAGAGGAUUUGUUCUCGGACAGAGGUCACGGUUAUGGCGAGUCUUGGUUCUCAGGGAGAUACAACACCCCAUCUACUAUCGGGUCUGCUUUCGGGCAAUCCUUCCAGUCUAUGCACAUCCCCUCACGUAGUGCUCGAGCACGUCGCCCAGCACCCGGACCUGUCCCAAGUUCACUACCUGUACAGCGCACUCGACCGAUCCCAACGAUGUCUCAAGUCUUUGACAAGAAGGAGACCGUCGCGAAGAGCUGGAGUGACAUGUGGGAAGAAGACGAAGAGGAGGAAGAACAAGAGCGAGCGGCUGCCUUGCGUCGACGCGAGAUUAACUCCCGUGGCUUUAGUCAUGAAAGUGUCAAAGAUGUCCCUCCUAUGCCACCACUACCAAUGACGGUCAAGCCUGCUUCUGACCUCAAUGUACAAGCUUCGUGGAGGACACCUCGCAAGGUGUCAUCACAGUCUAAGCUCAACGAAAAUGAGCCUCAGACAUUGCAGCCCAAGACACCUCGGCGAGCUUCACCUAACCAGGUUCCUAUGGACAAAUGGGCAGCUCUGGGAAAUCGACGUCGGAACCCUACGGGACCAGAAGCACCUACAUCUGUGACUAAGAAGAGCACCAUGACUCAGACCUCCAUUAAGAAGCGAAGCGGAUCGACAGUACAAGACUCAUGGAAUCGACGACAAAGUCGGAACAAAUCGAACAAAUCACGACCUGCAUAUUUGAACCAGGAUUGGCGUCAGCAAAAGGUUAUUGACAGCUCAGAAGACGAGGACCAUGAGUGGGUUGGAGUGUUCAACCUCCACUUGUAA